AUGAAUGAAGGGGUUGAAUAUAUCAGAGUCGUCAUUCCCGUAACUGGAACCUGGCUAGAGUCCAACGAGACGAUCACACUUCCAGCAGUUGAUGAGGCUGACGGUUCCAAGACUGAUGUUAGCGUCGAUGCUUCGCACCCCACGUUACUAUUUAUCCCUGGAUCCUUGACAUCGCCAGUUCUACCAGCCGUGCGUUCGCUUGACCAAUCCCAACAAUGGACUUUUCGUCGAUAUCUUGCACUCUCACGCAUGUACACCGCACCGGAGCCAGCAGAUGGCAGUCAAGUCUCAGUAUCCUCAGAUGAUCCAGUGGUGUCCGUUCUUGUAGUCGAAGGUAAACCAAGAUUUGACUUGACUGGAGGUUCAGAGGAUGCAAGCUUUGUCCUUGAGGGCGCACUUCUUUUGCCAACAAAGUCAAGUAAUCCCUAUGUGUUGGCUGGCGUUGGAGUAAAUAUCAUCUUCAAAGCCAAGGACUCUGCUGUUCAAGAGUUGUUAGUUAAUGUUCAGCAUGUCGAAAGCCAUGAUACUUCGUAG